CAUUGUAAUGCAUGUUGUGCUGGCAUUCAUUGUAUUGAAUGAAAGUGUUUAAGGAUAUGGAUAUGUUUUAUAUAUCAAAAUAACCGCGACAAAAUAAACAGGAUUAUUACAGAAAACACUUUUCAUAACCUGAAAAUGGUUAAAAUCAACGAAGACAUACUACUCACUUUAUUUGUAACAUUUGCUUUUAUCUCAAUUUUGCAUGCAGCAUCUAUAAAUGACACCAAAACUCUACUUUCGGAUCUGCUUACUGACUACAAUAAGGAAGUGCGACCAAUACAAGACCAGUUUGCUGCAAUAAAUGUAACGAUCAUCGCACAUAUGAAAAGUAUUCAAGAAUUCGAUGAAGUUCAAGAGAAAUUUUCUUUUGUUGGUGCUUUGGUAGUUACAUGGCUAGAUGCAAUUAUGGUUUGGAAUCCAAACUCUUACGGAGGACUUAGGCACCUUCCGGUUUCAUACAAAGACGUUUGGGUUCGAGAACUAAUUCUAUCCAGUCCGUCAAAAGCAGUGAAUACCCUCGGCAAAAGCUGGAAUAAAGUGAGAUACUACGCUAAUGGAUUAGCUGUUUGGGUUCCAGUCGAUCUGAUCGAAAGCACGUGUUCAGUGAAUGUCCAAAACUAUCCAUUCGAUACUCAAGAGUGUAUAACUUCUUUUAACUCAAUGGGAUACGAAGAAAGUGAAGUGCUUCUUAUUCCCGGCCAAUCCGAAUUUGAUUUAAGUAUUUAUCAAGAAAAUUCUCUUUGGGCAAUUGCCAAAACAAAGGUUAAUGUACAAACUGUUGGCGCUUCGUCCCAGAUUGACCUCGUUGUGUCUUUGAAACGGAAGCCGUCAUUUGUCGUUAUAAAUGUUAUUCUACCAAUUCUUUUUCUAAGCCUACUCAACACUCUGGUAUUUAUACUUGUUCCCGAAUCCGGAGAGAGAGUUUCGUACUGUGUCACUGUUUUGCUAGCUGUUGCCGUGUUUAUGACGAUUGUAAGUGACAUGCUUCCACGAAGCUCGGAACCUGUUCCUCUGAUUUCAUAUAAACUGAUGAUGGAUAUGAUAAUAAGUUCUCUAAUAGUUGUGGUAACAAUACUCAACCUCCGAGUUUAUAAUAAAGAUAAAAGUAGACCAGUACCACCAUGGCUUCGAUCUUUAUACCGCAUUUUAACUUGCCGAAAAUGUAAAAAUACAAAAGUUUUCCCCUUGAAGAGAGAUAACAAUUCUUCCAAAAUUAAAGAUGCGACUCAAGAUAAGGGUAGCGAGUUUCACCACCUCAAAGACGCAAUUAAAAAGGUCGACGACAUAACGUGGAAACAGAUUAGUUUCAUGAUCGACUGGAUCUCCUUUACUUUGUUCACCACUGCUUCGAUUCUCAGUUUUAUCUGUUUUGUUGCAACUACGUAUAGUAACUAGAUGUGCAUAUGUUUGAGUAUAUCGGCAUAAGCUUUUAAAGUAGGAUACACAUUUUCACGUAGUAAACAAAUGCACGAAAUAAAUUUACAUUAUUAUUGUGUGGUUAUUUUCAUAUCCUUCGCAGCCCGGCAAUGUGUAACACACAUUUAAAAGUUCAGUGUUACAAGUUGAACAUUGUAAUAGUUUGGUUGUAUUUUUUACUGUAGUAUAGAAGUUGGUUGGCUGAACGAAAUGAGGGAAGUUGUAUUGGUUGACUGGAAGAAGAGAAGUUGUAUUGGUUGACUGGAAGGAGGAAAGUUGUAUUAGAUUGCUGGAAGGAGAGAACAAGAGAACAAGUUGAAUAUGUUGACUGUAGGAAGAGAAGUUGUAUUGGUUGACUAGAAGAAAAUACAAAAGUUGUACUGGUUGAUUGCAAGGAGAGAAGUUGUAUUGGUUGAAUGCAAGGAGAAAAUUGUAUUGGUUAACUGCAGUAAGAGAGAUUGUACUGGUUGACUGCAAGGAAAGACAAAAUUGUAUUGGUUGACUGCAAGGAGAGAAGUUCUAUCGGUUGACUGCAAGAAGUGAAGUUAUACUUUGUGACUGAAAUGAGAGAAGUUGUAUCGGUUGACUGAAUGGAGAGAAGUUGUAUUGGUUGACUGCAAGGGGAGAUGUUGUAUUGGUUGACUGCAGGGAGAGAAAUUGUAUUGGUUGACUGCAAAUUAGUUGACCGAAAAGUGACAAAAUGCAUUAUAGAUAGUUUUAUUCUGGUAAUAAAAUACAUAUCAUAAAACAACUACAAAUUCAAUGUCAACAUCAAGAGAUACAUGUGGACAUGAAGGUGCAUUUGUUGAUGCCAUAUAUUCAAUACCAAGGAUGACACAAAAAGAAGGCUUAAAGCCGAUUUAUUUCUAAUGCAUUAUUUGUGAAGUUGUUAGGGUUGACUGAAAACUAGACGAAAACUUGAAAUGCGUUGUACACCUAAAAGUUGAGAGGAUGACCAAGUUCAUAUUGUGUAAUGCUGGAUUAAUUGCAUGAAACUCUAAGAAACAAAAAGACAAUAUGUUACAACAGUCACUUAUUCAUGGAUAAAACAAUGAAUUUAAGGAAUUUUCAUUUCAAGGAAUAUUCACAUUUAACAAGUUACUCGUAGCAUUUAGAUAAGGAGUAUUUUAGGGUUACUUGAUUCUCACUUAUUUCUUUUCACUCUAAUUGAAUUUGAAUUAAAAAUAAAUCAAACUGAUAUAGCAUUUUUUUGCUUUAAAACAUAAUAAACUGUUUUGUUAACAUAACAUAUUCAUCUAUACAUUUAAAAUGUAUUGAAUGUUUGUUUAAUGUUAGGGUUAUAGAUAUACUUUCCGAUCAAUGCUUGAAAACAAAGUAUAUAUCAAUGAACCCUAUUGUGUACCUUUCAC